GGUCGGCCGCCGCUCAGCAUGGCCGUGCUGCUGCUGCUGCUGCUGCUGCUGGUCGCCGCCGACGCGGGACGCGUGAAGCCUAGGAACGACGACUUCUCCCUGUGGAUCGACGAGAAACAAGUGCGGGAGUUCAGCGGGUUCCCUAUGGAGAUCUUCGCCAUACUGGACGGCGUGGUGCUUCCUUAUAUCCUUGACCCGAACUUCGAGAAAUACCUGCCCGUGAUUCCCUCGGGAGUGCAGUCGGUCAACUUCACCUGGAAGGCCGGUGAGAACAAGCACUACUACUACGACUUCGACAUCUUGGAGUCCUUGGAUGGGUCGAUUCUGAAGGACCCUGUGAUAUCUAUUGAGACGAAAGGAAAAGUACCGCGCAAGGCAAAAGUGUUCCAAGUGUUCCUGCCGUGCUGGGGCAACGUCACCGGAACGGCGUCGUUCGGGAUCGGGCUUCGCAUCGAGAACGAGAAGGGGCGCUACUUGAGCGGCACGCCGCUUCGGCUGCGCCUACAGAAGCAGUGCGCCGACAACCGUCCAGACCCCGAAUGUGACCGCAAAUGCGCCAACGGAGGUCGCUGCAACGCCGCGAAGAUCUGCGAGUGUCCGAAGCGAUACAUGGGCCGCUACUGCAAGACAGCGCUGUGCUAUCCACAGUGCAUGAACGGAGGAACGUGCGUGGCCCCAGGCGUCUGCGACUGCGCCGUCGGAUACCAGGGACCGCACUGCGAAGGAGGCAUCUGUGCAGAAAAGUGCCUGAACGGGGGAAAGUGCAUCCAGAAGGAUACCUGCUCUUGCCGGCGUGGAUACUAUGGUCCCCGUUGUGAAUACAGCAAGUGCUCCAUCCCGUGCCUCAACGGCGGCCGCUGUGUUGGCGUCAACCAGUGUCGGUGUACGAGGAGCUUUGUUGGCCCGCAGUGUGCUCAUCGCAUCGACAGCACUGCGGCAGUGCAAAGGGCGGACACCACUGAUCCAAUGCUGAACAUGGAAGUACCAACUGGCUGGUGGUGUGCUCUCCAGCAUCCUCCGAAGGGCAUCGCUGCUCACGCAACAGCAGCCAGCACUGCCAGCGGCGCUGUGUUCAUGGCGUUUGCAUCCGCCACAACCGGUGUCUCUGCGACGAAGGGUUCUUUGGCCGCAGGUGCGCCAGGCGUAUACCUAGGAGAAAAGAACGUCGGAAGAAGCAGUUUGUCUGAAACCUGCUCAUUUCGAAGACCAGCGCUUGUGUGCCUUGCGAGUUCCAGGGACAACCAGCUUGACAGCACUGCCAUGCAACAGGUGGUGGGGCCAACAUCUCGAAAAGCCACUCGAUGCAGGCAUUGUGUAGAUACGCUGCACUCGUCUUCCGUGCACUCGUGAAAACUAGCAAGUUGUUCUUAUGUCGAUGCACGCACCCACUGCGUAUACUUCAGUGCAGACCACAGAAUAGACAAGGUGGUUUUGUAGUGGUUUCCAGCCAGACAGUCGGCCAAGGCGUUGCACAACAGUGGUGUGCUCCAGAUGUGCCAAGCUUAGUGUGUGCUGUGAUCCUCCUGCGAGGGCCAGGGUGCCCCAUCUAGUCCUGCCUGUUGGUGCCAGCAGUGUCCACUGUUCGACUCUGACGACUGUUCAUCGCAAACAAGCUUCGAGAAGGCAAUGUGCUCGCUCAGUUGUCUAACGUCAUGCGAGCAAAUCCUAGUUUAUGAAAUCCAACUGUGAACACUGUGGAAAAUUUUUACUGAACCGAGAAAAAAUAAAAUGGUUACCCCUUCAACUCAAGGCUGUAAUGCCCACAGAAAAAAAAAAAAGUCUAGAUAUUCAUUACUCUGUGAGGGACAUAAUAAAUGAGUGCCAACAGUGUUUCAUUUUCUUAAAAUUUCAGCAGUCAUACUGAAUGGGUGGUGCAAUCACAGACUACACAGCAUCAGCCCCAUACAGGUGUAGCUCACAUUAACUUUAUUACCCUCCUGUUGGCAUAUUUUAUGUCCAGUGAAGGCCAUCUCCAGCCACUUGCAUCAAUUACUAUAGGCCUAAUCUUAAUACACCACCCUCUGCAAGCACCCGUUACUACUUUUCCAGACAUAAUAGCCACUACUGCUGCUCCUGCGCAGCCGGCCACACUCAGUGAUGGAGCUACAAGGUUUUGCAGACCUGAUGCAUCGCAAUGUUUUCUGCAUUCAGAUAGGCUGCCACUGGAAACUCAAACUGGCAACAUUCAGCAAGAAUCAAACCACUUUCUCAAUUUGUUUCAGCUCCCUCAAUAAGGGUUGUUGCAGUACAUUUGGUCUUUCAAGAUCUUUUAUAGCAGGACAGCAGAGUGCUUGCCAUUUGUUUGCCUCAGUUUUACUGCUUCAGCCUCGGCCUUUGGUCGCACGUGGUUCUUCGUUAUGAUCCAAGAUAACUUUGAAAAACGGCAAGGAUUCUACAAGUUACAUUAUUCCAGGCACUGGCAUUACAAAAUAUCGGCAAGACUGAGAGCUGCCACAGCAUCAGUCAUUAAGCUGCACAUUAGACUGGCCUUACCAGAAAUCGUACCUACAGGCACUGUGCAUCCAUUGUAGAGCACCACCAGUGAAAUCAUUCAUGGCAUUUGAAGCAGAGGAAAACUUGUUGGGCGAGUUGGUGCAUAUUAGCAAACAGUUUCAUAACUGCGCGAACAAACGACCACAAAGAGAGCGCACAAGGACAGACGGAUCACGUUUUUUACGGCCAAGACGCACAAAGAGGAUAUGCUCUUCCAGUCCAUCGUGAGUGAAAGAGGAACUUGGCAGUACGAUGUAAGCAGAUUUUUGCAGAAGUGUUUGUCGUACCUUGAAGUGAGCGACCCAUUUGAAACAAAAAACUUGGAAGCUGUUACUAAGUUCAUGCAGUCGAAUGGCGACAUUGGCCUUGCCUUUUCCAUUGGCAUAGAACAUUUGUUUUAUUCUCUGCAUCUGUCCUUGUGUGUUCUCUCUCUGUGGUUGUUUGUUUGCGCAGUUACAAAACUGUUUGCUAAGCAGAGAAAGCAUGGCACCAUGUGUACCUUCAGAUGCAGUUUUAAAAUGCUGAUUUUUUCUGCAACAAAAUAAAAAAAUGCUAAAUUUAUGCCUCACUUUUUCUCCUGAAUCAACGCAAAUACAGUCGAACCUUGCUAUCACGCAAGUUGUACUCAGAGCACAAAAAAUUUGGUUAAAUCGUGAAUUUUGUUCAGUUGUUUUUGAAGUCUCAGCAGUAAUAAUUAUUUCACAGAUUUCCAGAACAUUCCUGAUAGAUAAUGCCUUCGCAGUAGGCACUUCAACAAAUCACAAAAAGGUUGGGCUAUAAAAGCGCGGUCAUGAGCGCCGGUGCAUGCAGUCGCACCAGGAGCAGUGCAUCGGCAUGGCUGAUGGCACCUGAGAUUUGCGUGUUUCGCAUUGCGCAGCGACGUACAUUUUGGAUGCCAUGGCUGACAGCGCUCAGUACCUGGAGCCAUAAUCAGAUGACACCCACAUUUUAAAAAUAAAAGCGUACAAAGAUGACAAUAUUCGCAAAAAGGCGCACUUCAGCGUGAAAGGCAAAGCAUUGAUUGCAACAGCAAAUCAUUAGACAGCUAUACGCAGUAAGGUCGGCAAUUUCAUCGGCUGUAUAAAGUGCUGUGAACAUAAACCAACCAACUAAAUAGGCAAGCACGGUGUCACAUGUGCAGAAGUAAGCAUAAACGAGCAACUCUGGCAAUUUUCGAUGUCCACUGAUCUUAAUAAAAUGUUGAAUAUGUGUUCUUUUUUAACUCCGAUUAUCAGUGCCUAACUAAAUGGCUGCAAGUCAUUUAGUUUUCCUGAAAAUUAAUUUUAAAGAUUGAUUGCAUUCCCAACUCAUGAUUAUUUACUGGCCACCCUGCGUUUAUGACAGAGACUACACUGCCACUGUCACUCAUAUCGUCGCUUAAAUCGCCGCCGUCUAAUUCGGAAAGUCUGUCAAAGUUCCCUUUGUCGUCAGCAGAUAUCUGCUCCGCUUCUUUGGCGUUAGCACCACCUGUUUUGCAUUUUUAGCAUGCAUUCUGCGUGUUUACAUUAUGGUGGUGUAGGAUCAGAUGUCAGUGACUCAUCGUGAUGUCACGUGAAGCAGCUACCCGUAUCGAUUUUAGUAUCUCAUUUAUUGCUUAUUUAAGAUUAUUGAUGAAUUUCUAAGCAAACUGAACCACCCUGCCAGUGACAGUACUGUCAAUGCCUUUUGAAGAUGACAAUAUCCUAACAUGGUUAAGAAAACGCCGGAGUUGCCCUUUAAUACAUCUCAAUCAAUGACCACAGAUACUCGUGCUUGGGACACUGGCAUGAUGAAGAGCAACAGCAACAGUGAGCGAAUUCGCAUUCGUGCUGCCUGUCGGUUCAACAUGAACUCGGCAUACAACAACACAGUGCACACCAAGCUUUUCCUGGUCGGCUAGCCUUCGAAUCCAACGCAGAUUACUUCCAAGACGCACGCUACUCUGACCUCCCCCAUCUCCCAGCACACAUGUCCCUGCUCCUCUUUGCUUUGCGCCUGCAAAACAGUUGGCACGCACUUCCUAGUGAGCGCAAGAUGACGACGCUACACCAAGCCACCAUCUUUCUCUGCUCACCCUUGCAUGCCUUCCCUCGUGCCUAUAGCACAAGGUGUACGGCUACUAUCUUAUCGCACUUGGGCUUUGUACGGAACAUCAUGGAGAUGAAGACAGCGGAAAUUUGCUGGUGUGUCCAUAUAAUCGCAAUAAAUAUAAUGCAGUUUUGCCAGAAAGGUGGAACAUUGAUGACGGUAUAGCAAAAUCUAGACGAAGUGAUGUUCGUAGCUUCAUCGGUGUCACAUGCGCUCAGGCAAAUGUGAACAGAUCUCGGUUCUCAGAUCUAUCACAAAGCCUCCCUAGUGCAUGUUGAUACCAUGCGUUCACCUCACCCUUUACGUCGAAGCUGAAGGAAAUUGCAGCUCUCUGAGAAAGUUGGCCAACAAUGUAACAAGUGGCACAGCAGUUUCCCAAUUGCCGCACCCCGGCACGGUUGCUUCAACGGCAUCAUUGCCAGUACAAAUUUUCAUGCAAAAGGAGGCUUGCAAAUAACUUCUGCCUCGGCUGACAUUUUUAUGCUCGUCUGCUACAUUUACCAGCCAUACAGGCUUCAAGUGAAACGACCGAAAACUUUGCUAAACUGAAACUGUGCGAUGAAAUUACUUUAACUUGCAAAAAAAUACACGGUUUACUAUGAAGCUAAGAUCGAGAAAUGAAAAUAGUUCAUUACAUCCUAAAUUUCACUGAAUCUAGGUUCAUUACAUCAAGGUUAGACCGUAUUCUUUCAUUAGUGUAACUUCAUUUGGCAUUUCUUCAAACAUUCAUAAAAAGACUGCUUAUGCUUGGGAUAAGAAUGAAUCUAGCACCACUGAAGCAUUUAUGGUGCAAACAAACAUGACCAAUGAUGAUUCUUUCAGAAUGUGAGAUCAAAGGAUCACUAAAGCUCAGUUUGUUCUCAAAUUUUUCACUAAGUCUAUGCAUCUCACUGUCUACUGUGAGAUUAGACUUGGCAUAAUAACCUUCAAUGGCUACCCUGACCAGAACAGCAUGCACUACUUUGCAUUACCACAGAAAGAACAAGAUCAUGACUACUGUAAAUAAUUAAUGCCAGACACAAGUGGCAAAAUCGGCCUACAUUUUCCUGACUAACUGCAUUGGCGAGACUCAAAGGACCUCUUUUCAUGUGUGACCAUGCAUACUGCGACACAAGAAAAUAUGUUCCGCCUGUGUAUGUUCAAAAACAACUGAUAUGUCAUUGAAGCAUGAUAAGGCUUAAGAAAUUACAUUGCAAGUCUGCGUUAUAGGUAUGCAUGCACGAGAUGUUGAACUGCUCUCCGAAUUUUCCACUGUCAAAUUAUUCUUCAAGGCACCUCGAUCUUCAAGUCUUGAAUUGUGUAGCCACUAGCUUUUUACUCUUUAAAGGGCGCCUCACCAGGUCUGGCCAUUUUGUCUUGACAAAUGCAACACAUACAAUGCAUGCUAAUGAUUAUGUCUGCUAAGUAUUACAUCCCUACGUGCCAUAGAAAGAGCUUAAAUUUCAAACGAAACGCCCUUCUCGUUGUGGGUGUUGCGCUCCCAGCCAGUGAGAGUAGACGUAUAUUGAACAAGUGCCUCUGCUUACAUGGCAGUGUUGCGACGUAGCUCAUGGCGACAUGCGACUUCGAAAAUUAUUCAAGGCAACAUCAGUUAUUUGUUUAUUCUGUUGCUUCAAUAGAUGAAUUAAAGUUUAGAAAAAUAAUAAGACAUACAAAUCAAAUGUCUGCGUGCUUUUGGUUCAAUUCGUACCAUAGCAAGAGAAAUGUACUUUUGUGUCAUCUGCUUGUUCCCACAUCAUGCAGUUGUGUGUGCAGAUAACGAAACUAUAUGCCCUUUUCAACCAGGUACCAGUGCACGAUCAUGCACUCACACCUGCCUCAUUGCUCAUGAUUGUUGCACUGGUCAUGUGUUCUCGUGUAGAGCGCACAAAACUGUCCGCAGCACAUGGGACAAAUGCAAUAGCUUUUGUGCAAGACUGUCACCGGAAGUGCGCUACGAAGCAAAAAUGCGAGACAAAAAAAAAAAAUAAGAGGAAGGCUGUGGCAGUAUUGACAAGCUGCGACGAUCGUGUGACGUAUUCGUCACACGAUCCUCUGGCUCCGGUAUGGGACAACGCAGGGAAGGAAUUUUGCUUGCGGAGAGUAGACCGUGUGACGUAUUCGUCACACGAUCCUCUGGCUCCGGUAUGGGACAACGCAGGGAAGGAAUUUUGCUUGCAGAGAGUAGACGGACCAAGUGGAGCAGUGUCUGUUGGCGGUGAUGCUCGCCUUCUGAAAUCACAAGUUCGCUCCACUUUAAAUAUUUCUAUCCCUGCUAUUAAGAAAUUAAUCUGAAAUAUUGUUGUGGUAGAACACUUCUCAGAGGGCACAUAACUUCCAGCGUAUAACCAAAAUUUGCUAUGUGGCCUGGUGAGGAGCCCUUUAAGAUGCACAAAAUCGCUAAAGAUACAAACUACUUAGACACAGCAGCAUAAAACCCUUACUGUGCCAUGCAGCCAGCAGUUCAUCCAUGAAGAGUUGCCUGCUUUUCAUAGCAGAAAUAAAAUUGCUACACGGCAGGUAUAGUCAAGACAUUUGGUGGCACUUGGGUAUAUAAUUGAAACUGCCAAGAGCCUUUGUAGUGGCACUGCACUAUUUUCUUUUGUUCAAUGCCCACUUGAAGGGGCCCUGAAACACUUCUCAAAGUAAUGAUAGAAUUGCCAUACUAUUGAAGCAUGUCAUCCCAUCAAUGUGCUGCAAAAUUUUUUCGAAUUCUCUAGUUAUAAGUUGAGUUAUCUCACCAAUAUCUGGCUUUCUCUCUGCCUCCACUAGUGCGGUGUGGAAGCUACACAGCGGAGAAAACAGGAGGGCAAAGCCCCACCCAAAAGUGCACGUCACGACAGCAAAAGGACUCGUUGUGGACAUUUCGUGAUGGUGGGCUACGUUAUGCUGCACGCUGCUGUUAUUUCGGAGGCCAUGCAUAGCAGGUGCAGCUACACACAAUUGUCUUGUGCAGAACAGCAGUGCGUUGAUAAAAGGAUUUUUCUGUCUUCUGAGAUUACAAUGUUUCAUUUACUUAACAAUUAUCAAUAGUGUGUUACUGAGAGUGCUGUCACGACCACGCUGCUUACAGUGGUGCUGAUGACAACAUUGCGAAAGCAAACAAUUUUUUGCUUUUGCAGUGGAGCUGUAUAGGGUAGGGCACCACACACAAAAACUAUCAUCAUUAAUGGCUCGUACUCGCAUAAGCACCAAUACCCCCGUAAGGCAAAGGGUGCAAGCACUUGGCAAAGUGAAGCGCACAGUGCUGACGCUCUUUGAGAUCACGCAUCCAAAAUACAGAACAGCAUGUCUAAAACUGUCAUUGGCUGCCUCGGAGAAACCUAGUUGGGUAUAACAGAGUAUGCAUUACGAUGAGGAGGCCACGCGUGCUUACCACUCCCGAAGAGCAGCUCACAUACAAAGUGCAAUGGCGCUAACUUAAACGAUGGUGAUGCAUGGCAAGCACCACCGAAGAUUGCGCCCGAGAGGCAAACCGCAAGUGGCAGGCCAGAUGGGACGACGUGUGUCGCAAAUCAGAGAAUGCGGCGAAGAGACUCACUUUUAUAAUGACAUGGGUGAGAGAGCACCACAAGCACCCAACACACUUGGAAUGUCUGAGGGGCUGGUGGUGUGAACCACGAUGGUUACCACUUAUUAGCCGUUACUUUCAUGGCCCAAUGAUGUGGCAGACUAACCAAUACAAGUAGAGAUGCACACUCUCUGAUGCAGGCAGCAGUUUCGAAACACAAUUUUUCUGUGCUAGCAAUUUUGCUCAGCAAAUAUAAAAGUUAUUCGCUUGUAGCUCAGUGGAGAAUAACAAGCCGAGGAACCACUAAUUCCAAACAGUUUGCAAUGUAAUGCUUACGAGAAAAAUUGCCGGUUUUCUUUUCACCACAUCACUGCAGCUUGUUUCGUAUUCUGCGCAUGUUUGGAUUUUGCGUUUUUGUUGGACAUUCGGUUCUUUAUAUACAUUUGCUUAAUAAAAGCACUGGGUCUCUGUUGAGUUUAUGCUACGUUAGAUUGAAAAUUAGUCCUAACCGACUAUCCCAUGUUGCUUCAGCGUGUUAGCAGAAUGACUGAAAAAGCUCAUCAGUUUCAGUACGGGCUGUAAGCAGUUGAAAUCGGAAAGCUCACCAGUAGAUGCACCAAGCAAGGAAAGCAAGUAACAGCACGUUCAAAGAAAACCAAGGUUUUUCUAUGCACACUCGUUUUUCCUGCACUUAGUUAAAACCUACAAAUAAUUUUCCCUAUGCUUUCUUUGUUGGCUUCAUAUUAUUGUAAGUAACAAAAGUCGGGCCCCUCGGUUCCCCUUCUCGUUCAUUGCAUAGCAAAUGUCUUAGAAACUACGAUGCCUUCAGGUAGCACAAGCGGGUUUAUUGGCGAGUUGAUCUGGUAAGUUCCUGUAUUACAUCGCACCUGCACACUGCUGCCAGGAGUGGCACUGGCUUUCCAGGUCAGACCUGGUAACAAGGCACUCGUAUUCGUUCCACACUUGCAGGUUUAAAAAGCGCACAGUAGCUUAGGCGAAGUAGACACAAGCGUUAACUUGCGCUCGUCUCGCAUCUACCUUCUUUUGUCUUAUCUAAGGUGUGCACUUGUUAAACCUGCAAGUACAAACGAACUAGUCGUGCAACACAUUCUACUAAAGGGACAUCAAAAGCAAAUAUUAAAUCAACAUGAACUGUUCAAAUACCAUUCCAGAAACUUCGCAGCGCUUGUUUUGUGCCAAGGAAAGACUUCAUUUAAGAGAAAAUCACGUCUGAAGGGUCUGCACACCUUAAGCGCAAUUCAAAUCGCCUGCCCCCGACCAGGCAGUAGUGAUGUUGCACGUGCCAUCAUCGCCGUUUACUGCCGACAGUGAGUAAAAUGGCACUCGACAGACAGCGCUACUGCUUUUGGUGCAAAACCCAAAUGUGCGGCCAUGGAGAGACUGAGCCAUGGCAGAGCAUUGAAUUCGCUGCUGCAGCUGGUUUGGUCAAGUGGCGUGGACCACUCGGGCUUCCCAUGACAUCAAAUGGACAUGGAAUUCUCUGCUACUUGCAGUUUGUGCUAGUUUCGUGAGCCAGCAACAGCAGCGCAGGACAAGGCGAUAAUGAAAUUACUGAACCGUGAAAGCGCGAGUCGAGCGAAACCGAAAACUUCCGACCACCCACAUCAAGAGUAACGCCAAUGAGCUCGUCUUUUCUAAAAAUUAACCAGAAAUUGACAGGCAGCAUUUUAUUCAGUUUUGUAAUGCAAUAGAAUAUUCUAUUUAUACGAGCAGUUGAGUAGUAGUGACAUAAUUAUAACUGCCUACAUCAUCUGGCUAAUAGUUGAAUGUCCCGGGCGUGUCGCAAGUCAUGUCGUGCAUUUACUUCAAUAACUACAGCUUUGUUUGCGAUAAUAUUGAUGCUUUAGACAUUCUUGAGCAUUAAUCUAUCACUUUAGCUUCACUUAACAUUUGGCUUUAGUGUCCAUUUAAGGUAUAACGCUGCACACUAAUUUGGAGACAGUGUGUCAGUGAAUGACUGGACACGGAAUGAGUGUGCAGUCUAGUGACAGCGAGGGUGGAGUAGGUGGGUGCUGGCAAGUGUGAAGGAACACGAAAUGCAAGCGCGAGUAGAAGCGUGAAUGGUGUCCACUUAUUGUGCCUACCUAUGCUGCACAUGCAAUGUGGAAGAUGUAGAUUUGGAAGAUGUCUCCACAUUCUUUUUAUCUACAUUUCUUAAAAACAAUAAUUGAUUUCCCUUAUGCAGGAAAUCACUGAACUUCAUCAGAGUGCCGAGUUAGGUAGCCACGUGAUGAGGUUUCAAUGGGUGCCUAGUCAUUGUUGUGAGCUUGUCAAUGAACUCGCUGACAGAGAAGCAAGAUUGGCGUUCUCUUUCUCGAUGAAGGACAGAUUGCCUAGUGGCGACCUGACACCAACUCUAUGAGCAAGGCACUCAUGCAAGACCUUACAAAAACAUACGGAGCCCACGAUGACAAUAUCCAGAUGCCUACAUAUGAUCAAUCCAGAUGGUAAAUUCUGUUUGCCCCCGAUGGUUACGCAGAGCAAAACGUCAUUGCUACAAAGUAUUCGUCUGGGCGUUGCUCUCACCCACUGCUAUGCACACCUCAUCGGCCAGUCGAACAGCCCUGAUUGUGAACACUGCCAAACACCUGAAAUGCUAGAACACAUAUUGUGCAAUUGCACAGUGUAUAUUCUGGAGCAAAGGACGUUGGAAAGUUCCCUAGCCAGCGUUGGCAGGCAACCACUGUCGGAGGACGCUAUCCUCUGCCCAUGGCCUGACACUGCAACUUCAAUGUGGGCAACUGAAGCACUGUUGAAGUUUCUGCAGGACAGACGAGCGCCUUUUGUAGGGCCACUGUCUAACGUACACAAGCACUCCCCACUUCUCUCGUAGUCACCCAGG